UUUGAUCACACGUCCACCAUUUGUAAUAUAGAGCAUGACUUGAAAAUAUUAUAUUCGAAUAAACUAUCUGAAAAAGUAGUUGAGAGAACCAAACAAACAAACAACCAUUCAUCUUUGAAAUUCACCAUUAUAAACAGUAGACAUUUUUUUUUGUCCACUCAAGAAUUUUUAUAUUUUUCUAUCGGCUUUCACAUUGGCAAUCUUUGAUUUGUUUAUUUUCCAGCAUAAUAAUAAUCUUAUAUGAAAAAUGGGCAUCAAUUUAUUUAUAUUGAUGAUAAUGAUCAUCAUUUAUUUGUCCAUUUUCAAAUGUACGAUAGCUGCCGUUCAUCAAUUGCAUCAACAAUCACAACAAUCGAAAAAAAUUAAUCACCGUGAUGAUGAUGGUCUAUUGGUUUCAUCAUCAUUGCUACAUAAACCACUUUCGUUUGCAUCUACAUUUAAUGAAGAUUCUGUUUUAUCCGGAUUAUUUAAACGACAUAAGAAUGCCAUUAUGAAUCGAAAUCAUGCAUUAAUUUCAAUUUCACAUCCACAUUAUUCACUAUAUUUUCAACCAUAUCCAAGCUAUAUGCCUCAAACUGAUUUGCUCAUGAAUUCAUUGAUGCCAAUCAAUCCUUCGUUGUUAUCGGUUAUGCCGGAAUAUAGUAUUGUUCCACCGAUAACGACAUCACAAUUAUUGCCAUUAUCGAUGCGAAAUUAUUUUCAACAUGGCCAAACGUUAGCUCAUCAAUCGCCAAUAAUUAUUCCAAAUAGUGCUGCUGCUGCUGCAGAUAGUUCAAUAUAUAAAAAUAUUGCCAAUUCUCCAAUUACCAAUCAAUUUAAUGGUGAUGAUCAAUCCUUACAGAAUGCUAUCAAUCAAUAUCGUCAUCAAAAUCAUAAUAAUAAGCAUAAAAUCCAAAUUGGACAAAAAUUUUCACAAUCAAUCUAUGCGAAUAGCCAUAAUUUACGUUAUGAAAAUCCUCAAAUAAAAGGUAAACCAACAGCAGAUGGCAGUGGAAGUCGAACAUCAGGAAUUUUAAAAUCGGAACAAAAUAAAAAUUCUCAUCAUUUUCGAUUACCGGCACGUUUAUCAUCAAUCGCUAAAAAUCCUUAUUAUGGUGUUCUUAAUGAUGAUGAUGAUGAUCACGAAAAUGAAGUUCAUAAAAAAAUUACAGCUAAUAAUGUGAAUGAAAAUAAAAGAAAAUCAUCGUUAUCAUCAUCAUCAUCAUCAUAUAUGGAUGAUGUUGUUGAUGAUUCCAAAGAGGAGAAAGGCUUUUUCUGAUCAUAUUUUUUAGCAUUUUAAAAAUCAAU